CACGCCCCUGCGCUGCACCGCCUCUCCUUGCAGCGGACCACCCGACAGCAGCAGGGAGGCUUUAUUGCAUCUCAGAGGACAAAAGUGGCUUCUUUUGCUUGGUGAGCAGAGCGCAAGAUGCUGCCGCGCGCUCCUGGAAUAAGGGCGCUGACUCCGUGAGCCGCGGCGCGUGCUGGGCUCGUGCGCCACGCUUUGUUCCACCAUCCGGAGUUCCGGAUCACUCCAUCCAGCCUGUGACAGGAACAACCUUCACAGUCGCCCGCUGAGGCCGACCCCACUGCUGGAAUUUGUCCUUGCUGGACGCUGGGAUGCCGGCUUCUCCUCUCAUCCCUGCGCUCCUGCUGCUGCUGGGUGUGCUGAUGACAUGGGCCCAAACCGAAAUGAAGAGAGUUGUUGGAGACAAUGCUACACUGCCCUGCCAUUACCAAUUCUGGGUGGGCGAUGACCCCUCUCUGGACAUCGAGUGGCUGCUUCUAAAGCCAACCAACAGGCAGAGGGUGAUCAUUACCUACUUUGCCGGCCGUGUCAUUGACCCCAACGAAGCCGAGCGUGGCCGCGUGGCUUUUGCUGGAGAGUUCUUAAAAGGUGACGUGUCUCUGUUGAUCAGGGACUUGUCACUGAUAGACUCAGGAGAGUACAGCUGCAAAGUCAAGAAAGGUGUUCAGUACCACUGGAGCACCAUCCAUCUCAUAGUUCUGGUAAAGCCAUCUAAGCCACGAUGCUGGAUGGAGGGCAAAUUCUUCGAGGGCGGUGAGGUGAAGAUGAGCUGCAAGUCUGCCGAUGGCUCCAAUCCCAUUCACUACAAAUGGGAGAGAUUAGGGGAAAAGGGCAAAUACGCUGGGAAGCUGCCUCCACUGGCCCUGAUUGAUCUAAAAAACCCAGAAACUGUGACGCUGAAGAACUUGACCAAGGACAACGCCGGUAUCUACAAAUGCACAGCGAGCAACGAUGUUGGAGAAGAAAGCUGCACAGUGGAGGUUCAGAUGCAUUAUGUGAGGGGAAUGGGCGUGGUUGCUGGUGCCGUAGUUGGUGUGUCCUUUGGCGUCCUCCUCAUCAUCCUCAUCAUCUGGUUGGCAUUCUGCAAAAAGCAAAUGAAGAAAUACGAAGAAGAAGAAACCCCAAAUGAAAUCAGGGAGGAUGCAGAAGCUCCGAAAGCAAAGCUAGUCAAGCCCAACUCCCUGUCCUCGUCUCAUUCCAGUAGCUCUCGCUCAGGCACCUCCUCCACCCAGUCCAUGGUGCACAACACGGGAACCGGCAGCCAACAAGGCGGCAUUUCUGUUGUGGGGCCUGGAAAGAAAAACUGCCAUGGUCCCACUUUCACUCAGCCUUCAGCUGUCUACAAUCAGGUGCUUUCCAAGACACUCGUAUCCCGUUCCACACCGACCUCCUCGUCCACCUCCAACUCCAAGCCCAGCCCUCCCCCAAAACUAAGCCAUGUGAACUCAACCCACAUGGGGGCUACUUCUAAUAUGGACCCCGCCCAAACCCAAGCCUUUAACACUGUGUAAAGUCAUACUGAGGAAAAUAUCUACAUCACAAGGCUGUGAAUGAGAAGAAUAGUAAAUAUGUUAUCUAGAUAUACCUGUACUCUUGCCAUUCUCGGUCCAGUGGACGCUUGAACAGAUUUGCAUUUACACUGUAGGCACAUUAAUUCUAGUGUUGUUUGUUGAAACGUGCUCAUUUCAUCAAGUUCAUCGGAGUCUCAUUGUUAAACUGGAAAGGCACAGAACUGUAAAGAAAUGACAACGUUUGAUGGCAGGUAUUCUCUUUGGUCAUUGAAAAAAAAAAGAAUGACAGAGGAGUGACUGAAAUGUGCUCCAGAGUCUUUUUCAAUUCUGCAAAUAGCUUGAGACCAUUCAUCCACGACACACGCCUCCAUCUGUGACCGAACCCAUCAAGUACUUUUUUUCUAUGCUGUUCAUUUUCACCGCAUAGAAAAAUAUCUUUUCAAUUCUUCCUGCUUUGUUGGCUGAAAAAUUGUCGUCGGUUUGCUCAGUGCCUCUUUUCCAGUUAACGACGCUCGCCGCCCUCUCGUCAAAUUCCAAAAAUAUUAGUCAUCACUGUUAUUAUCGUGUGCCAUUUUGUACGGAGGCUACAACAGACAACUAAUACGUUUGAAGAUUGUUUCAGGGUGAAAUAAAAGGCCCUAAAUAAGGAAGUGCCAAAGUCUUGAAGGUUUACACUAACAUUGAUUCCUUUAUUGUGUUGUUGAAGUAUUUUCAUGCACCAUUAAAAACCCUAUAAAGAUUAUAUUUUUUCCUAGCAAUUAGAAAUAGAAUUUAAGCGACUUUUAUGCAGAUCAUUUUUAUCUUAAUUACAGUAAUAAAUCCAAACAAUGCUAUUGAUAACCCAGUUUAUGAUGUAAGAGUGUUUUAUGUUUGCCCUCAGCUCCCACAGUCUGAUCGUUUUUAGAUGAAAAUUUUUUAGUUGUUCUUUCUGAAAAGAUGACAGGAUAUGAUUGUUGACAUUUUUAUUCUAAACUAAAGUGUUUUGGAUUUCCAAACUUAGAUGUAAACGACAAGAAAUUAGAGAAAAGAAAAGGUUCUCAUGAAGAAGAGAAUUUGAUUGGACGUGUCUUCCACUGAUCCUCUCCUGCCCCACCGUGAAUGUCAGCGUUAGAAAACAGGAUUUUUGUGGUUGUCUCUGAAUGCAUUUACUCAAGAGUCCUUUUAAGGCAUUUAUUGUAAAGUUUAGAACCAAAUGCAACAUCACCAAAUCUAAUAUUAGAUUUAUUAUUGAUUCUCUGCAAUCUGUCUUCUUUGAUUGACCUUUUCUGCCGCCUCAACACCUCUAAAUGUAAAUACAUCCUUCUACACAGGUACAAUUAAACAAUGGAUGCCUCUCAUAGCUGAAAUGAAAAUCUGUUUAUGAGCCUAAAUGUUUAGCGACACAUUUUAAAGUGCAAUAGUUCCUCAUUUCUUUUAGACAAGAAAAGAAUAUCAUAUAUGUACAGCAUAUUCUAAUUAAAAUCCAUUUUAUAUUUGAAGUCAUUAGAUUAAGGUCCAUAGUCUAGUUAAAAUCCAUAUUUAGAUCAAAGACAAUAUUCAGAAAACAUUCUAGAUAGUCCAUAGUUGAAAUUUAUAUUAUGACAGCAUUUUAAAGUAAAACUCAUUAUCAGAUUAAAUAAUUAAAUGAAAUUUCAAUUUAAGGCCCAAAUCUGUAUUUUGAUGGAGGUCCAUAUUCAUAAUAAAGUCUUUAUUCAGGUCAAAAGUGAAGUCCGAAAGGGUUUUCCAGUUUGCAUAUUAAUAUCCUGGAUAAUUCACUGUUUGUGCCAGAUGAUGUUUUAAACCUUCUUUCUGUGCUUUCUGUUACUAUGCUUUAUGUUAACAGGUCAGUGUUGACCUGCAUCUUAAAUUAGCUAUAAAACACUCUAAUACCAGUAUUUAUAAUCAAAAUAUUUUUUCAUCUCUUGGUCAUUUUGUGACGUUUAUAAGAGUGAUGACGCUCAGCCAUGUAAAUUAAAAGCUCAUUUUUGUACUGUGUAAACAUAUGUAUAUGUAUGUAAAUGUUUUAUCUGUUGGACCAGAGGCGUGAGAAUUGUUGGUUACUAAUAUUUACGCCAAACCAUGUUCAAAAUGGACAAAGGGGGUGUGUCAUGUUACCCACUGAUCUGUUCAGGGUCAUCAACGGCCCCCAUCAAAGGCUGUCGCUCUGAAAAUAAACUAAGUGGGAAAAAACACACAUCAGCUGGUAAAACACAACUUUUUUCCUUUAUUUUUAUCCAAAUGAUGAUAACAGAUUAUUUGAACACUUCUCACUGUUUCAAAUUUGAGUCUUUUUUUCUCAGUGGAUUGAAUGUUGCCUGUAUAACAAGCCCCCUAGUGGUUAGCUGGUGAACUGAUGUGGCUCCAGGUCAUUUUUCGAACCAGCCUCAAAUCCCUAUAAGGAGUUUGAGGAAUUUCUGCACAAGAAACCUUAUGCUAGCUCAAAGAACAUCUUAAGUUAGAAGAAAAAAUAUAAAGAUAAAGAUAAAUAAAAAUGCAAAUGAUUUAUACAAGCAUAAAUACUUAAAAUGUUUCUCUUGAGGGCUUUUCCACGUUUUGCAGCAAAUGCAAUUUUGUGGUUUUACAGAAAGAAAAUCAAACAAAUCUGCUAAAAAUAGGUUUUAUUUAUUAGAAUUAGAGCUUAUGUGGGUUAUAAAAUAUUCGCAUGCAUGUUGACAUCCUUCUUUGAAUUUCUAGGAGUGCAUACAUUUCUUCACCGGUCACUGUAAGUGCUGUCGCCAGGUAGUAUUAAAAAGCUAAUAAAUGAAAAAGCAUUUUUCAAAUGAAGGAAUUGUCAAAAGUUCACUGUAUUUACGAUGCCAUUAAAUCGUUCACGCAAUCAUUUUUGUUUCUCAGAUGGGGACUUUUAUAUAAAAGAUGCUUAGAACAAAGAAGUUCAGGAGAUGAGUGGAAAAUGUGGAAACAUCAUUUUGCUUUUGAAGUCUAUUUUUUCCCCUCCAUAAAAACUGUUUUUUUCUUGCUCAAUCUGCAAAAGAAAAAAAAAACUAGUUUCCAGUAUGCAGGAUGAUAAAUCUGAAUUUUCUUUCUGUGAGUACACAAAAUCUACCUACAGUUUUAUAAAUAAGCCCCCAGGUCCUUAGCACUCAUUGUUCUCCAUGUUUUAGACUUUCAGUCAGAUGACUGUUAGACCCUAUAAAGCCUUUGCAGAGGCAUCUGGAUUUUUUUUGUUUAAACGCAGGGCAGUGAGAUUUGAUGACUUUGACUGAGAAACAAAACAUUGAGAAAUCAUGUUAGAGUUUAGGAUCACAUCUUCUCAUAUUGUUUUGACAGAAACAUGCUGUUCCGCAUCUCUACCUUUGUCUGCUGAAGUGUGAGGAAACCCUGGACUUCUUGUUCUUGGAGCAGCCAUAUAGUCCUGCUCAGACUGUCACCAUGUGUGUUCCCAUUGUUUUGUGAAAACAAGAAUAAAUAUAACUUCUUCACUUUAAA